AGGAACCAUGAGGACUUGAGUGGUCGGAAGCGCGGCAAAGCGAAGUGCACAGCAGCGCGUACACGGCUACUAGACGAAAGCAUCGGCUCUGGCCUCGGUAUAGUCACGGGAUCACCGCGACUAGCGCGAGCUGCUGCGUCACGAGCGUCGCUAACGAUUCGGCGAAAGAAACGGCGAAAGAAGCAGCGCUGACUCCAGAAGUAGUAGUAGCAGUUAUGCCGGAAGCUCGAACUUCGCGAGCGGUUGGAUGCCGUUGGAAUGCGAACUCGUCCUUGAAAAAGAAGACAGAGAGUACAGCGGGAGGCCGUGUUGAUACUUGGUCGGCCGCGGUGCUGUUUCAGGGUGGGUGAUAAUAACGAGGGUGGGCCCCACGUUGCGGGGCUUGCUCGCUUUGCUCCGGCGUCGCAAGGCACGGAGUUGGCUUGCUGGCGCGGCAGAGUUGGCUUGUUGGCGCGGAGUUACGCGGAGUUUCGCGGAGUUGCGCGGAGUUGCGCACAGGCCUGCCAGUCACUCGAAACGUGCGCGGAAUGAGAGCAACAGGCGCGCAGAUCAAGCAGGAAACAUCGCGUCCAUCCCCCCUACAAUCCGCGGUCUUAUCGGCCUUCCGCCCACCUCCCCCCUGGCCCAUCCCCUCCCUAAAUCCCCACACGCCCACACGCGCAUUCUUUGUCCCCCUCCUCCCAUCCGCCUUCCCCCAUCCCCCAUUCCCCUUCCCCCAUCCCCCAUCCCCCAUCCGUUCCCCCAUCCCCCUUCCCCCGUCCACCUUCCCCAAUCUGGCCCCGCCCACCCGCCUUCCCCCAUCCGCCGCCUGGCACCCAUCUGUGCAACGCGCGCAUUCCGUUCUGUCCAGGCAAACCAGCAAGGACGCAGUAAAAGCAGAGGACGAGGAGGAUCGAUCGUCUGUGCAUUUUUAGUCGACUGAAAAAUCACCUACGGUAAAAGCAGAGGACGAUGAGGAUGGAUCGCCCUCGGGAUCUGUUUCCAGUGGGGUUGAGCACGUUCAUGUAGGGUGUAAUUUCUUUUUGAGUGAGUGUAGUACGGUGGUGGAUCGAUCUUGGGCCCUAACACCCUCUUUUCGUUGCAGAGACAGGGCACCUCCUAGAACGAACCCAGGCGCUACAGGCUUAAUGCUUCCCCUAACUGACGGUGUCACAGUGCUUAAUGCUUCCCCUAAGUGACUGUCGCAGUGCUUAAUGCUUCCCCUAAGUGACUGUGUCACAAUGCUUAAUGCUUCCCCUAAGCGACAGUGUCACAGUGCUUAAUACUUCUCCCAAGUGACAGUGUCACAGUGCUGUUGGCGGCAUGGCUUGUCUGAGGCGCGGAUCCAAUCCAUUCCAGCACUCGCAGCAUGGGGGAAUGAGGAGGGGCACUCGCAGCAUGGGGGAAUGAGGAGGGGCACUCGGAGCAGGGUGUUUUUGAGAAUUCUCAAAAACACCCUGCAAAAUCAAGGACUUCGUUAUCCUCGGUUUGUUACAGCUUGGAAGCUACCUAGGAAAAUUUGUAAUACAUUAGUACGAGCUAAAAUAGUGUAGAAGGGAAACUGUGACCAGUUGGUUGCCUCCCAAUAAUGGGGACGAACCUUCUGGAAUGUCCCUCUCUGCAUGUUUACUUGCUGAAUUUGACAGCUAGAACUGGUAGCUGGCAAAGCGCUCCACUGGAGCCGCGAUGUUGAGAUUGUGAUGGCUCAAUUUCUUAGAGCCUACACAAGCAAGGAAGGGAGUAGAAAUAGAUCGUAGUCAGUAUGUUUGACUCCUAGUGCGCUGAUGAAGGCCUAUUGUUGGCCGAAACGCGUUCGCACGCGACAUCCGGGCCUAUUGUGUCUGGCGUUCUGACUUGAGAAAUCUUUCUCUUACCUUUCUCGCUGUUAGAUCUUAGAUCUUAGUUCUAGUCUUAGAUCUACUCUUAGGAGGCUUGCUGCGGAUCGAAUCCUAUGUUUUCCCAUCUGUUGGAGUAUGCCGGGGAUGUGGAGUACUCGGCAGGGCACACAAACUGAAAGCGCCUCACUUCACACUCGCUCUCUCCCUCCCCCACUCCCCAUCCCUCCUCCCAGCCCCCUGGUUCACCGUGCUGGUGGCGGCAUGGCCUGUUUGCGGGCUGGUCAUAGCAGCGUGGCUGCUCUACUCCAAGCACUCGGAGUAUGCAGCGCGGAGGGAGGAAGCGCUGGAAGUGUGGUGCAAGGAGCGCGCGCUCAUGCUGCAGCAGCUGGUGCUCACCCAUGCGGGGCAGACUCAGACACUCGCUGGCAUCAUUUCAGUGAAGGGCAAGCCGGGCCAGAAGGGCAAGUGGGAGCUGGACGCAUGCUUAAACGGCAGCAUGUGGCGGCAGUACCUCACUCUCACGGCGUAUGCGCGGCCGGGAAACACUGGGGCAGUCUCGUGUGUGUUUGUGAAAGACGAAGAGAGGUCCCACAAUCCGUCCCACAAGCCUACAUGGGCGGAAACAGUCCUAAAACGGUCCACUCGCGGUCCAAAGGCCAUCCCCAAACGCGGUCAGUCUACCUCCCGCCCAAAAACCGCCCACACACUGUCUACAGCUGAGACUGCAUUUGGACUGGCCCCGGAUCUUGAUUGAAGGCCAGGCCAACCGGAUAUCCUCAACAUGAAACAAACUACACGAACACAUAAAUGCAAGGCAACAUAAAACUCUUUGACAAACGAGGUUGCAGAAGCUACUGUCAAACAGCAGUACACCGCCCUACUAAAUACUUUAACACCAU